AGAAUUAAUACCCAAGGAAGCCUUUCUUUCAAUGGAUUUUCCUGCUUACCACACCUUCACUCCACGCCCAUUGAGCCUAGAGCAUUAGGCCGUGAUUUCUACCUACCAGGCUACGUCAGGGCCUGGGUCUUUUCUGGAGAUCCAUAUUUCUUCCCUGCGGCCAAGCACUUCUCUCCCUUUGACGAGACCCCACCGUUAUCGGCGACCACUAUGAGUUCCUCGGCUUCAGGUCGUCGCGUGUCGACGUUGAGAUCCGUCCUGCAUACCAGCAGCGAUGGACGUCGCUUCUCUAUCCAUCCUGAAGAUGAGGGCAGUUCACAAAGCCAUCAAAACUUGAGAGCCCACCAGGCCCAUCGAGUUCACGCUGGUCUCGAUCCGAAUCGUGCGAGUACUGGAGUGAUCUGGGUAACUGAACAGGCUACCAAGCAUGGCUACCUCGAAGAACCCGAUAAAUGGGCGAACUUAGGUCAAGGAGCACCGGAAGUCGACCACAUCGAAGGCUGCUUUGAGCGUCCAGACUCCAUCCCCAUCACCUCAGCAGGAAGAGAAUACGGUCCUACGGCAGGCAUCAAAUCCCUCCGAGCAGCGGUCGCGAAUCUCUACAAUUUCAACUAUCGUCAAGGGAAAGAGUCGCAGUACACAUGGGAAAAUGUAUGCAUUGUACCAGGUGGAAGAGCUGGGCUCAUUCGAAUCGCCGCUGUCUUGGGCAAUGCGUACCUGGGCUUCUUCAUUCCCGACUACACCGCCUACAAUGAGAUGCUUAGUUUGUUUCGAAACUUUGUGGCCAUCCCCUCACCCUUGUCUGCCGCCGACGGGUAUCACAUUCACGUGGAUAAGAUCACUGAGGAACUGGCUCGUGGAACCUCUGUGAUCCUGACCUCCAACCCUCGAAAUCCUACCGGCCAUGCUCUGCAUCCGGACGAACUGGCGAUCAUUCAGGACAUUUGUCGCGACCGAGCCACACUGAUUUUUGACGAAUUCUAUGCUGGCUACAAUUACAACAACAACUGCGAUGGAACCACAAUCUCUUCUGCCAGUAACGUCAUUGAUGUCGACGAGGACGACGUGAUCAUUGUCGACGGCCUCACGAAGCGUUUCCGGCUCCCUGGCUGGCGUGUUGCCUGGAUCAUCGGUCCUAAAGAGUUCAUUAAGGCUCUGGGCUCCUCUGGCAGUUACCUCGACGGAGGCACGAAUGUUCCCUUCCAAGAGGCUGCUGUCCCAAUGCUAGAGCCUACCAAGGUCAAACGAGAAAUGCAAGCUCUCCAGCGACACUUCAAAAAGAAGCGCGACUUUGUCCUCAAGCGACUCAAGGAGAUUGGCUUUAACAUGGGUGAUCAGGCAAUUCCAGACAGCACGUUCUACAUAUGGCUCGACCUCACCACCUUGAACCCCCCACUCCCAAAGAAUAGCCCCAUUGACCUUUCCAAUGGUCUGUCGUUCUUCGAAGCUCUCUUGGAGGAGAAGGUGAUGGUUGUCCCGGGCAUCUUCUUCGACUUGAAUCCUGCAAAGAGACGGGACUUGUUUGACAGCCCUUGCCACCACUUUGUCCGCAUCAGCUAUGGUCCCAAAAUGGAAGCUCUCGAGCUAGGCAUGAACGGCAUUGAGAGGGUGGUUAAGCGCGCUAGGGGAGAGUUUGGACAAUUCGACACCGCCAUACGCGAGGAACCCGAUGAUGAUGAUGAUGAUGUCCCACGCAGCCCUAAGACGACAGCAGUCGGUCACGGCGAACAGCUUAACUAACGGGGAGGUUUGAGGUCGCAACGCGAUGGGAGUCUAAGCAUGAGUGAUACAUUUAGAGUUACAAUAUCGAGCCCAAGCCUAUCGAGGCGGCCAGUGCUCUUUCCCAACGCCCUCAUUCAAAAUCGCCAUGCCAAACUUAUAUAGCUUUCAUAGUAGGUAUGAAACAAGAUGAUAAAACUAGC